ACGCCCCCCGCCAGCUUGGCGGUGAAAGCGGCUGCAACGCCUCAUGGGGGCAGAGGGAGAGAGACACGAGGAGGCCGGCCGAACAUUGACCCCGUUCCCUAGACAAGGAUGAGUGUUCUCUGACAUGGCUUCGCAGUGCAAGAUACAAACAUUGCAAGUGGUGGAUACCGAAUAUAGUGCUGAUGCUGUAGAGUGGUGCCCUGUGGAAGGCUGGCAUAACAUCUUGGCAUGUGGCACCUACCAGCUGAAGAAACCUGAUGGCAAGAACCCUGAUGAGAGCAAUGAGCCCCAUGUCCGGCUGGGCCGACUCUACCUGUAUCACUUUGAAGAGCAGGUUUUUGCACCACUGACUGAGGUCCAGAGGCUAGAAACAGCUGCUGUGCUGGAUAUUAAAUGGUCCCAUGUUCCUGUUGCAGAGCAUCCCUUGCUGGCCGUUGCAAAUGCCAAAGGAGCAGUGGAGCUUUGCUGCCUGACAGGAGAUGAGAAGAAGAGCUGCAGGCUGGAACCGCUGUGCAGCAUUGACCUCGGAGAUGAAUGCCUUGCUUUGUCUCUGGACUGGUCUAUGGGACGAAAGCAGGGGGGACCCCCACUGCAGUUGGUCAGCAGUGAUUCCAAAGGGAGACUGAGCUUGCUGUCUGUCGAUGAAUCGUCACCUUCUGUGUGCAUUCAGGAACAGUGGAAGGCACAUGAUUUUGAGGCCUGGAUUGCUGCAUUUGACUACUGGAACGCACACGUUGUCUACUCAGGUGGAGAUGAUUCCAAACUAAGGGGCUGGGAUGUCCGGGGCAAUCCAAAGGCUCCUGUUUUCACAAGCGAGAGGCACUCAAUGGGCGUAUGCAGUAUUCAGUGCCAUCCACUCCGGGAGAAUCUGCUGGCCACAGGAAGCUACGAUGAACAUGUUCUCCUGUGGGACACCCGAAACAUGAAGGAAUCAUUGGCAGACACCCAUGUGCAGGGUGGAGUGUGGCGGCUGAAAUGGCAUCCAACAAGGGAACACCUACUGCUGGCAGCCUGUAUGCACAAUGGCUUCAAAAUCCUCAAUUGCCAAAGCACCAUGGCAGAAAACAAAGAGAGAUGCCCUGUUCUUUCAUCCUAUGUCUUGCAUAAUUCCUUGGCUUAUGGAGCUGAUUGGUCAAGGCUCACCCUGAACGAUCCCUUGGUAUGGUCGACAGAGAUGCCAGUGGUUCAUGUAGAUGAAGGAGCGACAAGAGUGGACCUUGAAGUCCAGAAUCUGAAGAUAGUUUAUGAAUCUCCCACUGCCACCUUCGAUGUGUUGUUAGAUGAAGAUCAAACCCCUGCCUUGCCAGUCCAAGUAGAAGGAAGCUUUGACUUUCAAGGACCAGGUCCUGGUGGGAAUGGGUCAAAUACCAAAGUGUACAACAAAACUGAACUGUCCAAAGCCCAAAGAGAAACCAGCCUCUUGGCAACAUGCUCCUUCUAUGACAACGUUCUACAUGUUUGGAAAUGGGAAACUAGCCAGACUAUCUCUUCAGCCUAGACAUAGUUAUCAAUACUCAUUCUGGAGUAAAGUUCUGGCCCAUUUUCCUGUCUUCUUUUAGUACCAGGAGAGGUUAGAGGAAGCUGUUGAAGCAGAACUUCUGUGCUGUCCCCAUGCUAUAUCUAUAUAUUUUCUUACAUCAGGUUUCUAGCUUUACUCUUGGGGUCUUGUGGCUCUGAGAGCUUUGAAAACUCCUUGGACACUUCAUUGUUGAUCUUUUGGCUUAGUUACAUUGCAUUAAUUGCAGUUGGAAGUGUGUCCUGCUGAGACUUAAGGACCUCAAUCAUAGCACAAAUUCAGUUUAUCUGAAGGUUCUUAAAAUUCUGCUAGAAGUAUGUUUUAGCCAUAACAGUUCCUCCAUGAGAUAGUAUAGGGUUCUACUGCUAUCUAUACCCUGCAAUUUAGUCUUUUUAUUUCCAUUGUAAAAAAAAACAAAAAAAAACAGGUCCUUCCUUGGUAUGUUGGAAGACUGGGUAUGCAGUUGGAAGACUUUGGUAUGCAGGAAGAGAUAGCCUCAUUAGCCCCUUAUUUUUUGUUGGAGAGUUACGUUUUUCUGGUUAUCUUUUUCCAAAUACCAACUUAAAAUAAACAAAUAGAAAGUCUUUCUGCCAACUGCAUCAUUUGAUGGUCGCUUAGUGGUUCAAAAUCUUUUCGUUCCAGCCAGACACCUGAAGGAGGGGAAAUAGACUGACAGUAUUAUGUUCAUAUUUCUGUAGUCCAAAUCCUGUCCCUAGGAAAGCAAGAGACUGCUCUGAAUAUGCUACUGGGGGUAAAUUAGUAGUGGGGAAUAGAGAAGCAGUUUGGCCCAUCUCUUCUGUAGACUGGCUUAGGGUUAAGAUAGCUACCACCUACUACUAUGGAGGUUAAGUAUUGCUUCCAUUACAGAACAAAAGAACACCAGCAACAGACAGCAUUAAUAGCAAGGAUACUUUCUUGAAACCUGGAAGGCCACGCAGGUUCCUUAAUGCUGCAAGAAUCCUUGCUGAAGGGCAAAUAUUUCUCUUGAAACACUAUUCCUACCACCUAGGACACUUACAUACAA